CCGCGACCAGGCGCGGCGACGGCGAGCGCGACGCGGGCCCCGCAGGAUCCCCGGGAGCCCCGCCUCCAGAGCAGCCCCUGCCGCUAGCCACCGCCCCCCGGCCGCCCCGGAACCCCAGAGACGCGCCGCGGCGAGCGGACCCGGGCCGCGAGGAGCUGGGUCCCCGCACCCGAGCGUAGACUCGGGCGGCGCGGCUCCAUCGCGGGGCCUCGGGGGGGCGCAGACCUGCGGAGCCUGCGGCCGGCGGAAGAAAUAAAUGGAAUGGACUGCUCUGGUCCAUGCAACUUACAGACUUUUGAGACUCAGUCACAGGGGGAGAGAUCGGCCACCACUAAUCUCUAGACCGAUGAACAAAGGAAGGUCUGAGCCCAUUUGUCUUCACUGUGGCCCUGGAAGCAGCCGUGCCCCCACAGUCAUAUGCCUGUGAGCCAGAGGGGGUGCUUGUAUGUGGAUGGCCUUCUUAAAUUAACCAGCGGGGACCAUACUUGACACUGUUCUGCAUGGACUACUUUCACUUGGGAAAUCCUUUUCAUAAUCAGUGCAUAAGCAGUAGCCCUCACUCUUUUUUAAGGUUGUGCCAUAAUUUAUGAAAUAUCUUCCCGUUGAUGGACAGUUGCUUUCCAGUCUUUUCCCUUACAAACAAUUCUGCAGCAAAUAUCCUUGUUUGAACAUCUCUGCAAACAGACCUAAGGAUGCAGUACCUGAAGGACAAACUCUUAGAAGUGAAGCUACUAGACAGACAUCAGCGACUGUCCCUCUAAGAAGAUACACCAGUUUGAAACUCAUAAGCCCUGUGGAAUCUUUGCGCCCAUGUUCUUCUGGCUCCGGUUCUCCCAUCUUCCCUUGCAUCAUACCCCACAGCUCUCUUCCGUGGUCCCUCUCACUCCACUGCCUCUCCGUAUUGUCCAGCGUGUCCAGGUCUGAGGGUGGCUCUAGGAGGAGGAGGGAGAGUUAAGUGGAGAGAAAGAACUGAAAUAGCUCCUCCCAGAAGAAAAGGGAAGCAAGCUUGGCUGCAGACCCCAGUCUUACAAAGCAGCAGCCCUGCCUGGGAGCAGGGUGGUGGCCAGGGCAAUGGUGGGAGCCCCGAAGACGCCCCAUGGCUGCUGAGGGGGCUGCCCGGUCAGGGAGCGGAGUGGCGGGCAUGGUGUGCAGUCUCUGGGUCCUGGUGCUGGGGUCCUCAGUUCUGGCACUGGAAGAGGUACUGCUGGACACCACUGGAGAGACAUCGGAGAUUGGCUGGCUCACCUACCCACCAGGUGGGUGGGAUGAAGUGAGCGUUCUGGACGACCAGCGACGCCUGACUCGGACCUUUGAGGCAUGCCACGUGGCAGGGGCCCCGCCAGGCACCGGGCAGGACAACUGGCUGCAGACACACUUUGUGGAGCGACGAGGCGCGCAGAGGGCACACAUCCGACUGCACUUCUCCGUGCGGGCAUGCGCCAGCCUGGGCGUGGCCGGCGGCACCUGCCGGGAGACCUUCACCCUUUACUACCGCCAGGCCGAGGAGCCCGAUGGCCCCGACAGCAUUUCCGCCUGGCACCUCAAACGCUGGACCAAGGUGGACACCAUUGCAGCGGACGAGAGCUUCCCCGCCUCCUCGGCGUGGGCGGUGGGCCCGCGCGGGGCUGGGCAGCAGCGCGCCGGGCUGCAGCUCAAUGUCAAAGAGAGGAGCUUUGGCCCCCUCACCCAGCGUGGCUUCUACGUGGCCUUCCAGGACACGGGGGCCUGCCUGGCCCUCGUGGCGGUCAAGCUCUUCUCCUACACCUGCCCGUCCGUCCUCCGCGCCUUCGCCUCCUUCCCUGAGACGCAGGCCAGUGGGGCCGGGGGCGCCUCCCUGGUGGCAGCCGUGGGCACCUGUGUGGCUCACGCAGAGCCAGAGGAGGAUGGAGGCGGGGGCCAGGCAGGGGGUAGCCCCCCCAGGCUGCACUGCAAUGGGGAGGGCAAGUGGAUGGUAGCGGUUGGCGGCUGCCGCUGUCAGCCAGGGCACCAGCCAGCCCGCGGAGACAAGGCCUGCCAAGCCUGCCCUGAGGGGUCCUACAAGGCCUUGGUUGGGAACAUGCCCUGCUUACCGUGCCCUCCCCGCAGCCAUGCCCCCGAUCCCGCAGCCCCUGUUUGCCCCUGCCGUAAGGGCUUCUACAGGGCCAGUUCAGACCCCCCAGAGGCCCCCUGCACCGGCCCUCCAUCGGCUCCCCGGGAGCUUUGGUUCGAGGUGCAAGGCUCAGUGCUCAUGCUGCACUGGCGCCUGCCUCAGGAGCUGGGGGGACGAGGGGACCUGCUCUUCAAUGUCGUGUGCAAGGAAUGUGGAGGCCACCAGGAGCCGGGCACGGGCACCGGGGGCGCUUGUCGCCGCUGCAGGGAUGAGGUGCACUUCGACCCCCGCCAGAGGGGCCUGACCGAGAGCCGAGUGUUAGUUGGGGGGCUCCGGGCACAUGUGCCCUACAUCUUGGAGGUGCAGGCUGUGAAUGGGGUGUCAGAGCUCAGCCCCGACCCUCCCCAGGCUGCCGCCAUCAAUGUCAGCACCAGCCACGCAGUUCCCUCUGCAGUCCCUGCGUUGCACCAGGUGAGCCGGGCAUCCAACAGCAUCACGGUGUCCUGGCCACAGCCGGACCAGACCAACGGGAACAUCCUGGACUAUCAGCUCCGCUACUACGACCAGGCAGAAGAUGAAUCCCACUCGUUGACCCUGACCAGCGAGACCAACACGGCCACCGUGACACAGCUGAGCCCUGGCCACAUCUAUGGCUUCCAAGUGCGGGCGCGGACAGCCGCAGGCCACGGCCCCUAUGGCGGCAAGGUCUAUUUCCAGACGCUGCCUCAAGGUGAGCUGUCUACCCAGCUCCCAGAGAGACUCUCCUUGGUGAUCGGGUCCAUCCUGGGGGCCUUGGCCUUCCUCCUGCUGGCGGCCAUUACCGUGCUGGCUGUUGUCUUCCGGAGGAAGCGGCGUGGGACAGGCUACACAGAGCAGCUGCAGCAGUCCAGCAGUCCAGGGCUUGGGGUGAAGUAUUACAUCGACCCUUCCACAUACGAGGACCCCUGCCAGGCCAUCCGAGAAUUUACCAGGGAGGUGGAUCCUGCAUAUAUCAAGAUCGAGGAGGUCAUUGGGGCAGGCUCCUUUGGAGAAGUACGCAGGGGCCGCCUGCAGCCCCGGGGACGGCGGGAGCAAGCCGUGGCCAUCCAGGCCCUGUGGGCUGGAGGUGCUGAGAGCCUACAGAUGACCUUUCUGGGCCAGGCUGCAGUGCUGGGCCAGUUCCAGCACCCCAACAUCCUGCGGCUGGAGGGCGUGGUCACCAAGAGCCGGCCCCUCAUGGUGCUGACGGAGCUCAUGGAGCUGGGCCCCCUGGACAGCUUCCUCAGGCAGCAGCGGGAGGGCCAGUUCAGCAGCCUGCAGCUGGUGGCCAUGCAGCGGGGAGUAGCGGCUGCCAUGCAGUACCUGUCCAGCUUCGCCUUCGUGCACCGCGCGCUCUCCGCCCACAGCGUGCUGGUGAAUAGCCACCUGGUGUGCAAAGUGGCUCGUCUUGGCCACAGUCCUCAGGGCCCAAGUUGCAUGCUUCGGUGGGCAGCCCCAGAGGUCAUUGCCCACGGAAAACACACCACCUCCAGUGACGUGUGGAGCUUUGGGAUAGUGAUGUGGGAAGUGAUGAGUUAUGGAGAGCGGCCCUACUGGGACAUGAGUGACCAGGAGGUGCUAAAUGCAAUAGAGCAGGAGUUCCGGCUUCCCCCACCUCCAGGCUGUCCUCCUGGACUACAUCUGCUUAUGCUAGACACUUGGCAGAAGGACCGUACCCAGCGGCCUCAUUUUGACCAGCUGGUGGCUGCGUUUGACAAGAUGAUCCGAAAGCCAGACACUCUGCAGGCUGACGGGGGCCCUGAGGACAGACCCUCCCAGGCCCUUCUGAACCCUGUGGCUCUGGACUUUCCUUCUCUGGACUCACCCCAGGCCUGGCUUUCGGCCAUCGGACUGGAGUGCUACCAAGACAACUUCUCCAAGUUUGGUCUCUGCACCUUCAGUGAUGUGGUUCAGCUCAGCCUGGAAGACCUGCCCGCCCUGGGCAUCAUGCUGGCUGGCCACCAGAAGAAGCUGUUGCACCAUAUCCAGCUCCUGCAGCAGCACCUGAGGGAGCUGGGCUCAGUGGAGGUCUGAGGCCUGGGCGGGCAGCUGUGAGUGGACGAUGCCUAUGUCCCAGCCCCAGACACAGGUCCAGGGAGUGACCGUGCAACACUAGAGCCCGUCUCCAUCAUGGCCUCGGCAAGAGGACCCCGCCACACUACACCCAACCCUCUGGACACUUCACUCCCUAGUCCUCCGCCCUCCUCCGCCCUCCCCCCCGCAUUAAAGGGAAAGAAGAAAC